CAUUGCAGCAACUCAGAAUGGUCCUCAGUAGUCUGUAUGGUCCCCACGUGCUUAUAUGCAUGCCUGACAAUGGGGGUGCCAUUUAGAUCACAGCAGGGGUGGACUAACAACUCAUGGGGCCCCCGGGCAAUAGGGGAUCAGGGGCCCCUGUGUCCUUGCCCAAACUCAAAAAAGCCUAUGAAAAAGGUACCAGGGGCAUCUCAUGGGGCCCCCUACUGACCCCGGGCCCUCGGGCAGUGCCCGAGUUUCCAAAUGGUCAGUCCGCCCCUGGGUCACAGUGACAAUACAAAUAGUUCC